GGAGCAUCUUCCAUCGAGUCCUUUUUUACUUGAAUCUCUCUACUAUCAGCUGCCUAUCAAAUCCCGUUACCAGCCCUCGAAUCCCUCGCACUCUGUGCCAUGUGGUUGGCAUGUCACAGCCUAUGAGCGUCCGCUGCGAACACGAGGAGUGGCAAGGCUAAGUCGAUCCUGGUGAUGAUGGACACCCUUGGGGCCAUUUUCUUAGCCCAGCCGAGUCCGCCUUCUCUCGGGAACAACUAUUUUCGCCACUAUUUAUUUAGCUUCUAAGCUUCUCCGGACGUGACGUUGUUGGGAGCUAGAGGGCCAUUCUCCGAUCACUGGUUUUACGCUGUCAUGCCGCCAUAAAUUUCGUGGAUUUUUUUUUACAGCAUUCGACUGAGGAAAAGAUGGAUAUCGUGCCUCCAUCCUAUCAGUCGGCAACGACGAGGGAUGCGUGGUCUAUCAUUGCUCGCUAUAUCCCAUCUAGCGAUUUGUGUGCGGCUGCUCUAGUAUGUCAGAGAUGGCACGAACUGUUCAUGCCGUUUCUCUGGGGGGAUCCAGCCUCUCAUUUUGGGACCGAUAAUGACGCCGUGUAUGUCGCUCUUACGAGAUUCAGGAGAACUUUGAAGUAUGCAAGACUUGUAGUGCGCAUGUUGACACAUACCCUUCACCUUCCUCCAGCCCUGUCUGAAAUAUACGGGGGCCCGCGACCCGAGUGGCUGAAGGAGGUCCUCCAUUAUCUCCCCAACCUGCAAUCAUUGGUCGUGUCCAAACUGCCUUUCUUCGACCAUAAUGCAAUGAUGGCUUUGAAAGGUACCACCAGAAGUGAACAACAAGCCGACUCUGCUGUCUCCAAUGCAUACAAUAUCCGCCUAUUGCUAGCGGAUCGGGAGCCCAACACGACUUCACAGGGUCUUGCGGAGGCACUGUUGCGGUUCCAGGAAUUGAUAUAUCUUGAUUUAUCAUAUACCACACCAGCUCGAGAUCGUAUGGUUCUAUCCACGUUGUCUCAAUUGGAACAUCUCCAGGUGCUAAAACUGCGAGGUAUUGGUUUGAAGGAUAGCGAUGCAGAAUUUCUAGCCAAUGCUGUUGGGUCGAGAGUCCGAUUUUUGGACUUGCGCGGUAACAUGCUGACCGACAUGGCCGUACGAUCUUUGCUACAGGCAUCUUUCCUCAUCGCGGGUGAUGCAGUGGUCGGUCCCAACGGAGAUGCGACAAACACGGGGACGUUUAACUCGUUUUCCCACCUGACACCGUCGUUCUCGAACUCAAAGUGGCUGAGCUCUUCAAAUUUGGACGAACAAUUCGUGAAAGCACUGACACAGCCUUUGACGGGCCGAUCGUGGGUUGAGGGUCUGACACAUAGUGGCAUCACGCACCUCUAUAUAGCUGAUAACCAGAUUACCGUGGAAGGCGCUGCAAGUCUUCUAGCUUCGUCUAGGCUACAUGUGCUAGACGUGGGCACGGUAGAUACCGUGGAAUCUCUCACUCGAGGGCCAAGCUCCAUACCUCCACAAUCUGGUGAAGGCCCCCAAGAGCUUCCUGGAGCUGAAAAAUUGAUACCGGUUCUUGGAUCCGCUGCCCGGGAGAACCUGACUUACCUGAGAGCGCACCAUGUCAUAUGCACAAAUGACAACCCGUACAAAGAGUCUGUUUCGCUAAAUUGCUUUUUGCCCGAACUACCAGCUGAAACCGAAACCGAUACGGCGGACCAGCAAACAGAUGUAGAGCUGGAUGCUGCGAAUGAGAUUCACGAACUUCCCGCUCAAGAGGCCCCGAUAUUUGAGCUUGAAGGGUCCCCAAUUUCUCCAUCAUCGGAUAGCCCUGUACAUAAGCCUAGCCAGCCUAUUGUCUACGAAGACGAACCAUUACCACUGCGACGGCGCGGCUCUGUUUUCGCCCCCGAAGUCAUCGAAGGGCCAUCCGCCGCAAAUAACAGCGACGGACUAGAUGUGCUGAGAAGUCCCUUGUCAGUCGCCGGAAUGUCUCGCGGGCUUUCGGUGUCGACUGUUUCAAAUAUGGAAACGUUUACGGACCAAACAGGGACGAUUCCUCAAUGCAAUUCGCCUGUGCCAAUGGAGGAUUCUCGAGGCCAGAUGAUUCAAGAGCUGCUUUCCAAGAGGCCGAAAAAUCAAUCGCUUCCUCGACGUGAUCACAAAGAUAACAGUUUCCCAUACUUACACCCUUCCCAUGUCCCGCACUUAGAGACACUGGUUCUGACCGAUGUCCCAUCUCACCUGCCUGCGAACUCUCCCCAUUUGAAAUCUCUCAUCCGAUUUAUAACCGCUUGCUCCAAUGAAGCGCUACUGGCAACUCUUCAAGCGGGCUCAGACUAUUCCCUCCCUCCAGGGCGGGACCGGGUGAAGGCAGAGCAGGAACGAUCACGGUCACUUUUUGCUUUGCGGCGUCUGGUGCUCGAGAUUACUCCCACGGAGAAGCUGACCGGUCCUGCCAGACUGACUGCUUGGAAGCCCGCCAGCUACCACACUGGGGCCUCAAAAUCAUCCACAGGGGACCGUGACCUUGAGAAUCUCUGGACAGCAUCGAUGGAUGACUUUAGCUUCUUCGACGAAACAGAAUGUGGCAUUCCCGAGAACGACCGCGGCAAGUAUUUCCCAAUGGCGGCGCUCAACGAGAAGGUCACUUUAAUGCCCGAAGAUGAUGAUUCGGGGGGUUCCACCCCCGUAUCAUCCUCUCCAGGCCUGCUCCAUCGCAACUCCCCACUGCCAAAGCAUAUGCGAUCCGACGUCGCCAGCAGGAGCUCACCCAUCAACGGUACAGAACCGCCUCAAGUGGAGGAGCCGGAAGUGGACCUGGUCGCCGAGCUGGCCGCCUUCCGACGUUCCAAGAAGGUGGAAUAUGAAGAAGUGGUACGGCGGGAUCGAAAACGGCGCAGCACGACAGGAUCUGCGUCACUGCUCUCACCGUCGACAUCAUCGAUUCGAUCAGUAUCCCCGUCACCAAGCCUGAGGACGAUCGGACCGGUCUCAACGGCCCAGUUGUCUAUGGCCCAUUUCGUGGAAGGGCAUUGGAAAGGAGAAGUGAAGAUUGUUCGAAACGCAGCGCCCAAGGGACGGAGCGGCGUGGUGGACAUGUACGGGAAUUACUUCGAGAAAGGGUAUUUGUAUCCCUGAAGCGGAAGAUGGUUAUGGACUUUUCAAUUUUUGCCUUAGCCAGUGAUUUGCAGAUGUGAUACACUCGAUUAGAUAGACCGAACGUUGGAUUUCAUUGGUCUCCUGGUAAUCCAGGCUCGACGGUGUGGGCCUAGGUAGAGCAGAAUGAUACACUCCAGAUACUACGACGCG